AUGACUAUGGAGGAGGAUAAACCUUCAACAACUGUAGCAGAGCCAUCUGUUGCAGCAGUCCCAAUUGCUCCAGUUCGACCUCCCGUACCGAGGCCGCCGGCGCCACAAAAUGGUGAAGCGAGGGCGAGUACGAGCGACUCUGAUUCCGAUUCGGCGGGCCCUCCCCGAGCCACCGGCGUUUCGGGUGCCGAAUACGAAAUAUCGGAAGAGAGCAGAGUGGUGAGAGAGCGACAGGAGAAAGCAAUUCAAGAACUGUUGAUGAAGCGCCGUGCUUCUGCUCUUGCUGUUCCCACUAACGACAUGGCUGUGAGGGCUCGUCUUCGGCGGCUCGGCGAACCCAUUACUCUUUUCGGAGAAAGAGAGAUGGAGAGGCGAGACAGGUUGAGGAUGAUCAUGGCAAGGCUUGAUUCGCAAGGCGAGUUGGAGAAGUUGUUGAAAGUUCAUGAGGAGGAGGAGGCUGCCGCUUCUGCUGCAUUGGAAGAUGGUGAUGAUCAAAUGGUUCAGUACCCUUUUUACACUGAAGGAUCCAAAGCUUUGAUGAAUGCGAGAAUUGACAUUGCAAAGUACUCCAUUAAGAGGGCAGCUUCGCGGCUUGAACGGGCUCGAAGGAAGAAGGAUGACCCAGAUGAGGAUAUGGAUGCAGAGUUGGACUGGGCUUUGAGGCAGGCAUCAAGUUUGGAACUUGAUUGUAGUGAGAUUGGGGAUGAUAGGCCACUUUCUGGUUGUUCUUUCUCACAUGAUGGAAAACUGCUUGCCACUUGUGCUAUAAGUGGAGUUGCCAAGUUGUGGAGCAUGCCUGAAGCAAAGAAGUUUGCCACCUUGAAGGGACACUCAGAGCGCCUGACUGAUGUUCAGUUUUCUCCUGUUCAUAACCUCGUAGCAACUGCUUCUGCUGACCGGACUGCAAAGUUGUGGAACACUGAAGGAUCUCAGCUGGUGACAUUUAAGGGCCAUUUGGACCGUCUUGCACGUAUUGCCUUCCAUCCAUCAGGAAAAUAUUUAGGUACAACUAGCUUUGACAAGACAUGGAGGCUAUGGGAUGUAGAAACUAGUGAAGAGUUGCUUCUUCAAGAAGGUCACAGUAGGAGUGUCUACGGGAUAGCAUUCCACCCUGACGGAUCAUUGGUGGCAUCUUCUGGACUGGAUGCACUUGCUCGUGUUUGGGACCUCCGUACGGGUAGAAGUAUUCUUGCCUUGGAAGGCCAUGUCAAGAAAGUUCUAGCACUCAGUUUCUCGGCAAAUGGCUAUUAUUUAGCCAGUGGGGGUGAAGACAACACUUGCAGGAUAUGGGAUUUAAGAAAAAAGAAAUCCAUAUACAUCAUUCCAGCACAUUCCAAUCUCAUAUCACAGGUCAAAUUUGAGCCUCAAGAGGGAUAUUUCUUAGUAACUGCUUCGUAUGAUUUGACAACAAAGAUAUGGUCAGCCCGAGAUUUUAAGCCUGUCAGGACGCUCUCUGGACAUGAAGCAAAAAUUACUUCUUUGGAUAUUGCAGGAGAUGGGCAUCAAAUUGCUACCGUAUCACAUGACCGAACCAUCAAACUAUGGUCCAGCAGUACCAAUGAGAAGGAUCAGGCAAUGGAUUUUGGGGUCCUGAGCUUCAUACAAUCUUCUCAAAGAGCCAUGGGAGCCAUUUCAACUAACCCUUUGUUCUCCAUGGCAAUAGCUCUCGUGUUAUCUGCUACUUAUUUGUUCCCUUUCUCUCUUAGACAAGCUGAUCGUAAUGGUGGCUUCAGUGUGGAGCUUAUUCACCACGACUCUCCCAUGUCUCCUCUCUAUAAUCCUUCAGAAACACCGUCACGUGUGAGAAAUGCUUUGCAGCAUUCCAUUAACCGUGUCGAUUUCUUGAGCACAACUUCAUUCCCUUCAAACAUGCCUAAAUCUACAAUAAUAUCAGACAUGGGUGAAUAUCUCAUGAAAAUAUCAAUAGGUACACCUCCUUGGGAAUUCUUUGGCGUUGCAGAUACAGGUAGUGAUCUUAUCUGGACGCAAUGCAUGCCUUGCACCAACUGUUACAAGCAGAAAGCACCAAUCUUUGAUCCGAAAAAUUCCAAAACUUAG